AUGCAGUAGCUCAACAUCACCCCGGAGCAGUUCUCCCGGCUGCUGCGGGACUACAACCCGACACGGGCGCAGUUCAUCGCGCUGUACGGGCUGCGGCCGCUGGUCUACACCCCGCAGCUGCCUGGGCGCGCCAAGCUGGCCUUCGUGCUCACCGGCGUGCUCAUCUUCGUCCUGGCGCUCUUUGGCAACGCGCUGGUGGUCUACGUGGUGACCCUCAGCGAGGCCAUGCGCACCGUCACCAACAUCUUCACCUGCUCCUUGGCGCUCAGCGACCUGCCCAUCUCCUUCUGCAUCCUGGUCACUAUGCUCGAGAACAUCUUCAACAACUGGUUGGGGGAAUUAAGCACAGAUGUAUUUGGCUUUGCCGAGUUGUAUUCUGAUGAUUUUAACGUUUUUGCACAUAUGGUCUUGCUGGUGGCAGUCAUCAUAGGCUCCCCCAUGUGGCAUGUGCAACGACUUGAGAUUAAGUGUAACUUCUUAUAUGAAAAAGAACACAUCUGCUGCUUGGAAGAGUGGACCAGCCCUGGGCACCAGAAAAUCUAUACUACCUUCAUCCUUGUCAUCCUCUUCCUCCUGCCUCUUAUGGUGAUGCUUAUCCUGUACAGUAAGAUCGGCUAUGAACUUUGGAUAAAGAAAAGAGUGGGGGAUGGCUCAGUGCUUCAAACUAUUCAUGGAAAAGAAAUGUCAAAAAUUGCCAGGUCUGUUUAA